GAGGGAGGAGGGGAGGAGGAGACCAGCCCACGGGAAGCCGCCCGAUCCCGGAUGGUCCGGGCGCCCGCAGUCAGCAGACAGCUGAGACGGGAUGACAGACGGGACGAUGGCGCAGAACGGAAUCCAACCCGAGGAGAAGCCCCGGUCCCUGGUGUCGGCGCGGGAGGACGAGGGGGAAAAGAUGAAGGAGGAGGCGGAGGCGGAGGAGGAGGUGGUGGUGGUGGAGGAGGAGGAGGAGGAGAGUGCCCUCAGGAGCCCAGAGCCUCAGCCUCUGGGCAGCGCGCAGAGCGGGAGCUGCACCGCGGCGGCGUGUGAGCCGAAGGCGCCCCCGGGAGCGGGAGAGUGGGACCCCUCCCGCCCCGGGGCUGAGGGCGGUCCGGUGCCCCCCGAGGGCGGCUGGGGCUGGGUGGUGAUGUUGGCCUCCAUGUGGUGCAACGGCUCGGUGUUCGGUAUCCAGAACUCCUUCGGGCUCCUCUACGUCAAACUGUUGGAGGAAUUCGGGGACAAAGACGACAGUCAAAUGCAGUUUAAAGCAGCGUGGGUGGGAUCAUUGUCCAUGGGGAUGGUCUUCUUCUGCUCUCCGAUUGUGAGCAUUUUCACUGAUCAGUUUGGAUGCAGGAAAACUGCAACCAUUGGAGCUGCUGUGGCAUUUGCUGGACUAAUUGGGAGUUCAUUUGUAAGAUCUAUUGGACCAUUGUACUUUACGUAUGGGAUCAUAUUUGGCUGCGGUUCUUCGUUUUCUUAUCAACCUUCCCUGGUCAUUUUAGGGCAUUAUUUUAAGCAGCGGCUAGGCCUGGUGAAUGGCAUUGUCACAGCUGGGAGCAGCAUGUUCACUAUAGUGCUACCCUUGAUUCUGGAUAUUUUGCUGAAUACUAUCAAACUCCAUAAUACCUUCCGUGUUCUCAGUGUCUUCAUGAUUGUGCUGUUUUUGGUAGGGUUUACUUAUAAACCCCUAGUUCCAAUGAAGAGAGACAAGUCCGAUGAAAAGAAAAAGCUGACCCUAAAAAAGACCUUAAAUUUGAAGAUCUGGAAGAUCACAGGAUACCGAAUCUGGGCAUUCGGAAUCCCAGCUGCACUUUUUGGAUACUUCGUGCCUUAUGUUCAUCUUAUGAACCAUGUGAAACAAACAUUCUCUGACGUUAAUAAAAAAACUCUUCUGAUGUGUAUUGGAAUCACAUCAGGGAUUGGUCGGCUAAUCUUCGGCAGGGUAGCUGACUAUAUACCUGGUUUGUAUAAAGUUUACCUUCAGGUGUCCUCAUUCGUCAUGAUUGGCCUGAUGUCUAUGAUGAUCCCAUUAUGCAAAAACUUUGGUGAUCUUAUUGCCGUCUGCCUUUUAAUGGGUUUGUUUGACGGCUGCUUCAUUUCCAUCAUGGCACCCAUUGCCUUUGAGCUUGUAGGUGCAGAAAAUGUAUCUCAGGCAAUAGGAUUCCUUCUUGGAUUGAUGUCCAUACCAAUGACUGUUGGUCCACCAGUAGCAGGUUUUCUACGCGACACUCUUGGUACAUACGAUCUUGCAUUUUACCUCGCCGGUGUACCACCUAUGAUUGGAGGAAUCAUUCUUUGCUUCAUCCCAUGGAUUCAUUACAGAAAGCACAAGAAAGGGGAAUUGGAGAAAAGUGAGGCAGGAGAAGUAGGGACCAAGAUGCUGGAUCAUUCCAUGAAUGUUCUUGUUCCUGACAUCAGUGAACCAUACAAAGAGUGUGUUUCUAGUAUUUAAUAUCAGAUCCCUCCACAAUGGACUGUGAAGACUUCAGGUUUUACAAAUGAUUCUAUUUUAUGAGUGAAACUUUUUAUAUGACAUUUUAGGAAUACAGAUGUAGGAAAGUGAAAAACAAACGUUAAAAUAAUUGGAAUUCUACCCAGAAAAGGUCUUUGUAUCAUGCUGCUUCUCUUAUAUGUCAUGCCAUUUCUUUACUAAUCUUAGUUGAACUUCAUAGCUCUGAAAUUCGCUGCAAGCCUAUAAUCCAAGCUUGGUUUGUAAUCAUACCAUCACAGACCUGGUUUAAAUCUUUAACUACAAAAAUUAGGAUACCACGACACAACUGGGGAAAAAAAUAGUUAAGACAAUCCAUAUCUUUUUCCUUUUGGGGCGAGAACUUUUCAAUGUAUCUAGUUGCUCCAGUGCCAUCUUAAGAGCUAUGUUUAACUGACUCCUAUGUUGCUUUUGCAGCUUUUGAAAUCAGUAUGUUUCUGUCAUACAGUAUCUAUAAACGUAUGCUUCAUAAAUUUUGGGUACUGAAUAUUUAUAGNAAAAAAUCAGUUAAAGGUACAGAACCGCAAAACAUAUUCUCAAUCUUGGAAAAAUUCAACAAUACUAACUUUGUUUUCCAGUGCAAAUGCAUGACAGUGACGGAUUCAACACUGGUCAACAUAUCAGGCCCAUACUAAUUAGUGUAUACUUACUGUAGAAGGUGCAUAUUUGAGGCGGCUGGAUUAUAAAAUUCAGCAGAACUGCAUUACCACAAAAACUGCAGGCAUGACUGAUAUUUUGUUCUGAAGGUUCUUGUAAUCCACCCAAUUCACAGUCGUCUCUUAGUUAUACAGUAUUUUUUUUACGUGUUGCAAUUCUUUUUGUAUAUACCGUAUGUAGGUUUUAAAAUGCAAAAAUAUUAUCCUCCAAAAAUUGGAAAAUUGUUGCCUGGUUCAGACACCUCAGCAAAAUUGAAAAGACUAGAGGGGAAGGGCUUAUUCUGGGGUUUGAGAUUAGGUGAUUUUUGUCUAGUUAUUUUUUAAUUACAAGUGGUAUUUGUGACUUGUUCAGUGUAGACUGCUCUCUGCAAUGGAAUAUGCCAAUGAUAAACCACUGCUGAAGCCAGCAGCAUCAUAUGAAAUGAAGCGCAUUGUGGUACAGGUGCACUCUAAACCAGAACUGGAGAAGUAUUAGUGUGUAGCAGAUAAAUAUUGAGAGCGUUGUUAGCUUUGGUUUAUCUUGCAACUAAAGCCAUAUUUAAAAAAAAAUCUAACCAGACUAAGGGUGUGCAGACUUAAAAGAUGAAUUAGACAUUUCAUUAGAAUCAUUGCAAAGAUGAGCAUCACGUCUUCUGCAGUAUCAAAUACUUGCCAUAGUUAAGUGAUAGAAAUUUGGUUUCUUUUGAGGAAGAAUCGAUAGACUUCUGGUAAGUUAAAUGAAAGCUAAAAGUCUGAUGGAAACGUUAUGCAUCAUUUUUCUUUUCCUCACGAAUUAUAUCUUAGCAAUGAUGUUGCGAUUUUAACGGACCAGGUAACUUGCAUUGUUGUAAACUUAAGCUUGUUGUAGUUAAAUAUAGCUAUAUAUAUCCCAGUCUUUACAGAGUGCACAGUUUAAAGACUACCUCAUCUCUUAUUUUGUAUUGGCUUUUCUGCAAAAGUAAGCAUUGAAUUGGAGUAGUAGAUUAUGGUUGACAAUGUACAACAAAAUGUAUUAUGAAUCAAGUCCUUUUAGCCUAAUCAAUCUGCUACCAGGCUGAACAUUUAAUACCAAAUACAUAGUCCAAAGGGGAUUAAUCUGACAAUGACACAGUUGCACCAGGAGUAUUAUGCCAAAUGGGUAUUGUGAAGUCUGGUUGCUAAACACAUUAUUUUCGUAAAAGACAUUUCCUGUACCUGAGGUACUAAUGAAAAAAUGUCUAUCUGCGAAUCUGCUUUAACUGCGAUGCACGACAAUCUCAUAAUGAGCCAGAUGUUAUUGCAGUCCUGAUAAUUCUUGGUCAGAACUGUUCAAUUCCGAAGUCUACAUACAAAGUUGCGUAAAUAACUCCUAAAUAAAUAGAUGACUGCCAUCUAUUACAUUUGAAUAUUCCUACAUCAAUGUGUUGGUUCAGGAAACUGUAAUAAUCUAUUGAAUCCCUCAAAAUUCUUUCAUUAGGUUGUCUACAGUUCUUAAAUUAACAUUUUGUACUGAUUAUAUUGGUCUAUUAAAUUGAAAUACAUUCCAAUUCAGUCCCACUGGGUAAU